ACUGCACUGCAUGCGCUCAACCGCCUCUCCCUCUCGCGGAAAACCUGCUCUCUGCUUUUAUUCAUGUCCUCUCUGAACCUCUCUCUCUCUCUCUCAACUUCAUUCUCGUUCCCUUUGUUUUGUGCUUGUAGAGUGAGAAACACUGGAAGUGACAUCCAUGGCUUUGAUCGAAAAAUCUCUAUUCUCUGUUAACCUUCCCUCUAACACUACUCCAUCCGCCCUUUCCAACCCUAGCAACAAGAGAAACCUUCGCUUAAUCACAGCUUGCUCUUCGUCUCACUAUCGGUCCCUCGAAGGAAGCCUUGUCACAAGCAGGUCAUCACCAUCUGUGUCUGCUCCUUCUCUUGACAUUGCCGGUACUAUCAGAAGCAGUUUCGAGGGUUCAAACCUGAGAGAAACUGAUCCAGAAGUGUAUGCGAUUAUUGGGGGAAAAACAUCGGCAAUUUAGCUGCUUGGAGCAUAUUGCUUCUGAAAAUUACACUUCCCGGGGUGUAAUGGAAGCAGUUGGUUCUUGCCUCACGAACAAAUAUUCUGAAGGCUUGCCUGGAAAGAGAUACUAUGGUGGCAAUGAGAACAUUGAUCAGUUGGAGACACUUUGUCAAGAGAGGGCUUUACAAGCAUUUCAUCUUGACAAAAUGUGGGGUGUUGAUGUUCAACCAUUUUCUGGCUCUCCUGCCAAUUUUGCUGUGUACACUGCACUUAUUAGUCCACAUGAUCGAAUUAUGGGGUUGGAUCUACCUCAUGGUGGGCAUUUGUCUCAUGGGUUCAUGACUCCUAAGAGGCGUGUAUCAGCCACAUCGAUAUAUUUUGAGUCUAUUCCCUACCGGCUUGACGAAUCAACAGGCCUCAUUGACUAUGAAAUGCUAGAGAAAACUGCAAAUCUUUUUCGUCCAAAGCUUAUAAUAGCUGGUGCUAGCGCAUAUCCUCGAGAUUUUGACUACCCACGCAUGAGAAAGAUUGCAGAUGGGGUGGGUGCAUUCUUGAUGAUGGACAUGGCUCACAUCGGUGGACUUGUUGCUGCUUCUGUGGCUGGUAAGCCUUUUGAGUACUGUGACAGUACAACGACAACACACAAGUCAUUACGUGGUCCUAGAGGCGGCAGGAUCUUCUUCAAGAAGGAGCUUGUUUUGGGGGUUGAUUUAGAAUCAGCUAUCAACAAUGCUGUUUUUCCAGGGUUGCAGGGAGGGCCCCAUAACCAUACCAUUGCGGGGCUUGCCGUCUGUCUUAAACUUGCACAGUUACCGGAUUUCGUGGCUUAUGAGAAACAGGUUUUGUCCAAUUGCAAGGCAUUUGCAGGAAGGCUGUUGGAACUGGGUUACAAACUGGUAUCUGGUGGAAGUGAUAAUUACCUUGUUUUGGUUGACUUAAGGCCUAUGGGGAUAAAAAGUGUUGUAGUUCCUGGGGGUAUUCGUAUAGGGACACCUGCUAUGACCACACGAUGUUUCACGGAGGAAGAUUUUGUGAAGGCGGCUGAUCUCGUUCAUGAGGGGGUUGGGAUCACCCUUAAGGCUAAGAAAUUGGUGCCCAGCGGCUCAACAAAGCUCAAGGAUUACUUGGAAUUGGUGCAAUCCCUAGAUUUCCCACUCAAAAGUCGGACUCUGGAUCUCAGGAGAGUUGAAGUUUGGAUGAGUCAGUAUCCACUACCUGGAGUUUGAACUAGUACGAGAUACUCAUUGGCUAAUCCUAUCUGCCCGAUUAUGAGUUUGUAUUAUUUUUAUGAUGUUCUUGUCUUUUCUUAAUCCUUACACACAUACUCAUUGCUAAAAUGUUCAUGUAGUAAUAUACAUGUUUUUCUUGUUUAAUUAUAAUGGAGGAUAGUGCUGGAGUUAGUGAAGUGAUGAUAAUUCGGUGGGUUGAUGUCAGGGUUGUUAAAACUUGAAUGGAUAGUGAAUUGGCUUUA